AUGGCCGACGUACCUGAGCAACCACCGAAAGCUGAGCUGCCUUCAAAAGGUGUGCAGCUCACCGGCGAUGCAGUCCUUCUGAAGCAGCCAGUCAUGAUGCGUUUAACGUUGCCCUCAAGCAAGAAAGACACCAAAGAACGUUUACAAGAAAAAGAAAUCCAAGAAAAUUUCCAAAGAGAAGUCGUCGGCGCUAUCCACGAAUCCCUCCUGUUAAAGAGGACUGUAGGUGGAGAGGACGUUUCAGCUAGACUCACCUUCGCUCGUCGUAUCCCAGACCUAGCGGUAGACGUGCGCUCCGACGUCUGGGAUCAGUUCAGUCAGACCGACCGCUACAAGGAACUGAGAGAAAAGUACAAUUUUUGCGAGGAAGGCGAUGAAUCUGAGAACUCAAACGACUCUAGCGGUGGCGAAUCGGGUGACGCAUCUGAGAAUAGUGAGGGAUCUGCUCACGAUGAUGGGGGUGACGCGGGCAGGAAAGCGGCUGCUUAG